AACAUCAGAAGAAGUGUCUUGUCGCGUUGAAAUGUCGUGUAUAAUGCGCAGGAAGUCGGUCUCUAUAUGGGUAAUUUCAUACUACAUUAUCAAACAAUGACAAUGUAAUACGUGUAAUAUUAAGUGCACACUGCCACCAGCUAAGAAAAAAGGAGAACAAAGACUGAUCUUCUGGAAAGACUAUACAGUCUGACCACCUGAAUAAUGGGAAAAAGCUGACCGAGUACAUGAGAAGUGUGGGGGAUUAGCAUUCUUUGGCACGAUGAGGAAAGCAAUGACCGCAUGUUGUAUGCCUUCGGGGAGGAGGUUUAUUGUGCCACUUGUGGUUGUGGGCUUAAUUUCCACUGGCAUACUAAAAUUGCCCAUGUUCAAUGCCAGUCCAAAAUCUGUCAGGAUGCUUGUAGAUCCCAAUCAUCGAGAGCGUGUCCAUUCCUUUGUCAAGAGUGUUUUAUCCAAAGAUUGCAGACCAUCAUUUACAAGAAGGAGGAUUGAGAGUAUUUAUUCUAGUUCUGUGCCUGUAGCUGAGCCAUUCUUACAAAAAAACAGCAACUUAACAGAACAAAUAUUUGAGUAUCCACCACCGUUUGGAUUUCGGAACCUGCAACACAAGCUAAAAGAAGUCCUGGAUCUCAUACCCAAUUCCUUGUCGGAGAACACUGGAGGGCAUGAUUGCCGUCGAUGUGUUGUAGUUGGUAAUGGAGGCAUACUUCAAGGACUGGAGCUUGGGCAUCUCCUCAACCAGUUCAAUGUGAUCUUAAGAUUGAACAGUGGCCCAGUGAGAGAUUUCAGUAGAGAUGUUGGAAACCGUACUACUAUCAGGAUGAGUUAUCCUGAAGGUACCCCAAAGACAUGGGAAGAUGUGGAUCCUCAGCUUCAGUUUGUAGCGGUCAUUUACAAAUCUGUUGAUUUCAACUGGCUUCAUGCUAUGAUCUCAAGAACAACAGUAUCACUCUGGGACAAGCUGUUUUUCUGGCAGAAGGUACCAGGUAGCAUCCCAGUUGAACCUUCAAAGUUCCGUAUACUGAAUCCAGAGAUUAUCAGGGAGACAGCAUUGAAACUGCUACAAUACCCAAAUCCUAAGCCUCGACGAUGGGGAUGGGAUCAGAUGCCACAGGUUCUGACCGGAUCUCAGCAUGUCUGGCAGAAAUUUCAUCAUGGCUGACUGCUCAUCAGUUAAAGCUUAAUCCUAGCAAAACUGAGCUGCUCUUCAUCCCAGGUGAUUCAUCCCCAGGUCAUGAUCUUGCUAUAUCCUUGCACAACGAUCUGAUCUCCACUUCAGACACAGCUCGCAACCUUGGGGUAACCAUGGACAAUCAACUGUCCUUUUCCUCUCAUGUUGCUAAUGUGACUCGCUCAUGUCGGUUUCUUCUCUACAACAUUAGAAGGAUUCGGCCAUUUCUGUCCACACAGGCUGCUCAGGUACUUGUUCAGUCUCUUGUCAUUUCUAGACUGGAUUACUGCAAUGCACUGUGGCAGGUCUACCUAUGAACGCAAUCCGUCCUCUGCAAAUGAUCCAAAAUGUAGCUGCCCGGCUUGUUUUCAACCUGCCAAAGUUCUCGCAUACCACCCCGCUCCUGCGAUCCCUCCACUGGCUUCCGGUAGCUGCACGCAUCAGAUUCAAAACACUGAUGCUGGCCUACAAAGCCAAAAAUGGACCAGCUCCCUCUUACCUCAAAGCCCUCAUCACUCCUCGCACUGCACCCCGCACCCUCCGAUCUACCAGCACUGCUCGACUGGUUCCACCAUCUCUCAGGGUAAGAGGCAAGUAUACUACAAGACUCUUCUCUGUACUGGCACCAAGGUGGUGGAAUGAACUUCCCCUAGAGGUCCGGACAGCUGAGUCACUGGAUAUUUUCAAGCGGCGGUUGAAGACCUACUUAUUCAGGAAACACUUCAACUAGCACUUCUUUCCUUAUCUUUCGCAUUUAAAAAAAAAAUAAAUAAAAAAAAAACACACCUUUGACACUUUUUCAUUGUAACUUUGAACAAAUGUUUUAAACUCAUGGUAUCUUAAGUAUGUAACUUAGUGAGCCAGCAUUAAUGUAUUCAAUGUUAGAGAUUUAAGCACUUAUGUACAUCGCUCUGGAUAAGGGCAUCUGCCAAAUGCUGUAAAUGUAAAUGUACUACAGAUCUGUUAAAAACAGAUUUUAAUUUUUGCCUUUGGGUUGGUAUAAGAUGAACCAGGCAGUGAUCAGAGAGACCCAAAGCUGCCCGUGGGUCUGAGUGAUGUGCGUUCUUUAUUGUGGUGUAACAGUGGUCCAAUAUAUUACUGUCUCAUGCUCUCUGUAUUUUGGCAGUUCACGGAAGAUAUUUUCUUUAUUAAAGUCCCCAAUUAUUAUUAUUAUAA